AUGAGAGCCCUUCACACCCUCGUCACGCUGCUGGCUGCCCGGUCCCUGGCAGACCGAGUGUUGAACCAGCGUGAUGCUGAGAACGCAACGGCUACUGCUGUCGAAGCCAACAACAAUGUGGUGGCUCAAGCUGCGCCUCAGUCAUCGACGACCAGUGAGAGCACUGCUGCUGCCGCUGCUGCUUUCGACAAUGAGAAGACAACCCAUGCUGCGGAGCCACCAGUAGCAACUUUCCUUUCUUCGCUGGCGAACGCAGCCACCAAGGCAUUUUCCAUUCCCAGCGUUGACACUGAACCUACUUCGUCAACAGCACACAGUGUCAAGGCGACAUCAAGCACGGCAGCUGCUCCAAGUACUGAGUCGACAACGCCGCCGUCAUCAUCGUCGUCCUCCGGCAGCAAUGGGAUCGAUAGUCUGCUGGGCGACCUGUUCCCCGGUCUGGGGGACAGUGGCUCGAGCAAUAGCCUUGCGAGCCUCGAGGACGGCAUUAAAAACAUUGCCAGUCUGUUCACGCCCCGGUUCGUGCAGGAUACCGCAUCGUUGGUCAACCAAGCUGCCAAAUUUUUUGACGACGCUACAGUCAAAGAGGGCAAGGAGAUGAUUAGUACGCUCGCCGGCCUGAAACCACUAGUCUCUGGUGCUUCUGGCGGCUCUGGGGCAACGCUCUUCUCGACGCUUUCGAACGGCAGCUUUCUGGGUAGCCUCGACAACAUCAUCCAGGAUAUCAUUGCCCUUCCACCGGUCCUGGCUGAGAUUCUGGAUCUUCUCACCAGCGAUCAAGUGACAGCAUUUCUGAAGGCGCUGCCCGAGCUGCUCGAUGGCAUCAAACCUAUUUUGAAUCCAGAAUUGCUGAAGGCGUUGGAGAAGUUGAUCACCGACAAUGUAACACCGGAAUUGGUCAACGACCUGUCCGCUAUUCUGACCGGAUUGCGGCCGUUGGUGCACGAUUUGGCGCCCAUCUUUGGUAACAGCACGAUGGAGCCUCUAUCCAAGCUGGUCAGCACGAUUGUAUCGCCCGAUUUCAUCAACGAGAUCGAUGCCCUCCUCGCUGCUUUGCCUCCAAUCUUGAAGGACAUCGUGCCUCUUCUGAGCUCCGAUGUCCUGGAGCCACUCAUCAAUAUCGUCAAGGAGGUCCUGACACCAGAGGUUCUGAGCGAGCUUAGUGACUUGCUCAAGACCCUGCCGGCUCUGUUGAAGGACCUCUUGCCCUUGAUCAAGCCACUUGUGGAGUUUAUCUCGGACGUCAUCACACCAGAGCUGAUCAAUGAACUCAAGUCUCUGCUCAAGGACAUCCCAUCCGUCAUCAAUGAGUUGCUACCUCUGAUUAAACCAUUAGUGGAAAUCGUGAAGAGUCUCUUGACAGAACAGUUUGUCAACGAUCUGCGCACCUUGCUCAAAGAUCUGCCAUCAAUUCUCCACCAAGUGUUGCCGCUGCUCAGUUCUGAUAUUAUCCAGCCGCUCAUCAACCUGUUGAAGAGCAUUCUGACACCAGAGCUCAUCAAGGAGAUUGGAUCGCUUAUCAAUUCCCUGCCAUCAAUUAUUAAAUCCGCCGUGCCUCUUAUACAGCCUCUGGGCAACCUUAUCAAGGAGGUCCUUACACCCGCGCUGAUCAACGACCUCAAGACAUUGCUUGCGGAUCUGCCAGGUCUGCUGAAGACGAUCAUGCCCCUAAUUCCAACUCUCGAGGACCUUCUCAAGAAGAUUGUCACGCCUCAACUGGUGAAGGCAUUAGGAUCACUACUUGACGCAGUGCCAGGCCUUGUAAACAGUUUGCUUCCGCUCAUGCCAUCAAUACAGAAGUUGAUCGUCGACAUCUUCACCCCCAAAUUCAUCGCGGAGAUCGGAAAGGUUCUUGAGGCUGUUCCUGGCCUGUUGAAGUCUCUCCUCCCACUACUUCCACCGAUCGAGACGCUCAUCUCGAAGAUCCUCACAAAAGAGCUGAUCUCGGCCGUCGAGACCCUCUUAGAUGCUGUUCCUAGCCUUAUCAACGCCUUACUGCCUCUGCUUCCUGAGAUCGAGAAGCUCAUUCCCAAGAUCUUGACCAAGGAAUUGAUCUCGGCUGUCGAAUCGCUGUUGAAUGCUUUUCCGGACAUCCUCAAUGCAGUCCUGCCACUGCUUCCAACGAUCGAGCAACUUAUCCCGAAGAUUCUUACGAAGGAGUUGAUUUUGGCUGUCGACUCACUGUUGAAUGCUUUGCCAGGCAUUCUCAAUUCGUUGCUGCCGCUACUCCCAAUGAUUGAGCAGCUGAUUCCGAAGAUUCUCACGAAGGAGCUGAUUUCUGCUGUCGAGUCAGUCUUGGAUGCCCUUCCAGGAGUCAUCAACGCCUUGCUGCCCCUGCUUCCAGAGAUCGUGCAACUACUCCCCAAGAUCCUGACCAAGGAGCUGAUUAACGCGAUCGAGUCGGUUUUGAAUGCCCUUCCAGGAAUCAUCAACGAUCUCCUGCCGCUCCUGAAUGGCAACGUUCUCUCGUCGGUCGUCCAUAUAAUUACAAGCCUGCUCACGCCGCAGUUUGUGAACGAUGUCGGCAAGAUCGUUGGCUACAUUCCAGGCAUCGUGCAAGACCUCAUGCCUAUCUUCACUCCAGAACUCUUCAAGGCUAUCGGCAACCUUCUCACCACCAUCGUGACUCCAGGAUUUCUCAACGAAAUCACAUCGCUGAUCCAGGCUGUCAUCCCAAUAGUUGGCGAUCUCAUCCCAAUUGUCGGCAGCGAGCAAGUGAAGAACCUCAUCUCUGGGCUUCCCAAGAUCAUCGAUGCCAUCCUGCCGAUCCUCGACGUCGACAUCAUCCUCGCACUCGUGAAAGCUGUCAAAGGACUCCUGACGGAGCAGUUCAUCGCUGACGUGGGUACCGUUCUCGCUGCAAUCCCACCUCUCCUGCACACCGUCAUCCCAAUAUUUAGUCAGGAUCUCCUUGGUCCGGUCGAGGGCGUCAUCUCGACUAUCGUUACGAAGGAUUUGGUCGGCGAGGUCGGUGACUUUGUCGAGACCGUGCCUCCUCUCCUGGAAAAGAUUGUCCCCUUGGUACCGAAGGACAUUCUGCAACCAGCAAGGAACAUCACCAAGGCUCUCAUCACACCUAGAGUCAUGAAUGAGCUUGGCGGUCUCCUUGAUGCUGUUCCACCGAUCCUGCAGAGUCUCCUCAACGUCAUCUCGAGCAACGCUAUCACAUCCAUCCUGGAUGCGGUGCCCAAGAUUAUCAACAGACUUCUGCCUUUGCUGAACAGGGAUAUCAUCUCGAAGCUUGUGGACGAUUUGAUUGGUAUUCUGACGCCGCAGCUUGUGAACGACAUAGGGACCGUCCUGGACUCCAUUCCAGGGCUUGUUCAUGCGGUGAUACCAAUCUUCCAGGGUGACAUCCUUACGACUGCGAUUGACAAUAUUAUUCCGCUGGUCAAGGCUCUAGUUGCUCUGCUUCCCCUAUUGACGAACCUCCUGUCUGGAAUCCAACUUUAA